CAAAAUGAUAUCCAUGUAUCAAGCAGCUACUGACCAUACUGACCUCGUCUACUUUUAUCUAUUUCUAUUGUAUAGUUCAAUUACGGAGUGUGCGUGAAACGUGCUUCGACGGUGAUGAAAAAUGGUGCCGUCGUGGUUUCGAUUUGACAUGAAAGUAGUGAACUGGGAGUUAGGAAUGCGUUAGAUUUCCUUGGUGUUUUUGAUUCUUCCUUUUAUGGGAGACGGACUCGACGUCUCUGAAAAAAAUGUAGUUCAUCGUGAGUCACUGAGAUAUUGGCUGUCAGCACAAUUGACAACUUGACGAAAUUCAUCUCGGGUAUGAACGGACAGGUGCAACCAUCACGUGAGAGGUUAGGUGGUUAUAGUAGCAAUAGCACUAACUGGUUCUCCAGUCUUGUUAAUUCAGGACAUGGCAAUAGUAUGCAAACUAUCACACCGCUCGCUGAGGGUGAGUUACCUUUGGAUGAGGCUGCCAUUGCUACAGAGGCUGAUGGAAAGGUCAAAACCAAGCUAUUGUCUAUGUGGAACAACGUUAAAUAUGGAUGGACUGUGAAAAUGAAGACUAAUUUCUCCAAGGAAUAUCCCGUCUGGUUAUUGGGUUCCUGUUAUAAGAAAUCCACAGAAGGAUCAGAUGGUCUCACCGAAAGCAUGAAACUGGAUAUGAAGACUGGAAGUGAAAUUUCCUUGGCUAUGGAUGCAACAAAAUUUGAAGAGGGAAUAGAAGGAUUCAAGAGGGAUUUCACGUCGAGACUGUGGCUAACUUACAGACGAGAAUUUCCUAUUCUAAACGGAUCCACAUUUACAACUGAUUGUGGCUGGGGAUGCAUGCUACGUAGUGGACAGAUGAUGAUGGCACAAGCACUGGUCUGCCAUUUUCUUGGGCGAGACUGGAGAUGGAAGCCAGAUUGUAGGAUAGAAACAGAUCAGCAGAUGGUGGAAGAUGAAAAACAUCGAAUGAUAAUCAAAUGGUUUGGUGAUAAGCCUGGACCACAUUCACCAUUAUCCAUUCAUACCUUGGUCUCCCUCGGAGCGGCCUCCGGUAAACGUGCCGGUGAUUGGUACGGUCCUGCAUCCGUUGCGCAUCUUAUAAGACAGGCAGUCAGACAGGCAUACUCCGACUACGACGAAUUUGAGAAUCUGGCUGUGUACGUUGCGCAAGACUGUGCUGUUUAUCUCGACGACGUGAAAGUUGCCUGUGAGAAAUCUAAUGGCGAGUGGCGGUCUCUAGUUUUACUUGUUCCUUUAAGACUUGGUGCAGACAAACUCAAUCCUAGUUAUGCACCCUGCUUGACGGCACUUCUCAGUCUAAACGAGUGCAUCGGAAUCAUUGGCGGUCGCCCUCGACACUCUCUGUACUUCAUUGGCUAUCAGGAAGAUAAGCUGAUACACCUGGACCCGCAUUACUGCCAGGAAACAGUCGACGUUUGGAAGCCAAACUUUUCACUAGCCAGCUUUCAUUGUACCUCGCCGCGUAAGAUGCUUGUAUCCAAAAUGGACCCCAGCUGUUGCGUGGGAUUUUACUUGCAUGAUAAAAAUGCUUUUGAAGAAUUUGCGAAAACUGUUGUACCUUUCUUAGUGCCGCCUAAUCAAAAGGUGGAAUAUCCCAUGUUCCUUUUUUGCGAGGGUAGCGGGGACGAUCUACACCAGGGCGUCGAAGUCAGCGAGGGUUCUAUACCUGCCUCGAUCUCCUCAGAAGCACUGGAUAUUCUAGAAGAUAAUACUCACUACGAGUGCGAGGAGUUCGAAAUCCUCUAAGAGGAGGAAUCUAGAAAGAGAGCAAAGUGCUCCUGUACUUAAGGACUAAAAGCUCAGUGUCUCUAUUUGAGAUUUUAUGAGAGUCAGGGCUGCGGUCGGUAAUAGUUCAGCCUUUAUUAUCACUAGGAAGAUUCUUUGAAUUUACAAGGAAAGAAAGAGAAUUGCGUACGUGGCUGCCUGCAUACGCACAUCUAUGUGGGUGUGCGUCUUGUGUUGCGUGAGUGUCCUGUGUGUCGCGCUCACGUAUGCGCAUCAGUUUACUCGGUUUACUCCUGGAUACUGUCUAUAGCCGUCCGUGCAUCUCAAAUAUUAAUUAUCCUUUGAAUGAGUUUCAAAGGUAUCGUCAGGCUGGAUACAGAUUAGUACGUGUACGGCAAUAGCACGUUAUGCGAUAUAUACCUUGCCCAGACACCACGAGUACUUAGGUAAUAUAAUAGUUGAAUGUUAAGUUAUUUAUUUAUUGACAUCGUUGUCUUUCGUAUUCGUACGUUAACUCGAUGUUAUAACUUGAAAUAAUUACGAUGAUGCCGCUCCAGGCAACCUCCAUUCGGAGGGUAUCUGCGCGUUGAAAAUAAAAGAAAGUACAGACAGAUGA